GAGAGAGAGAGAGAGAGAGAGAGAGAGAGCAGCACGCACGCGCGUAAAGAGGAGAUUGGACACCUGAUUUCGCGGGGUGCCUUUGGAGCGCUCUUUCAUGUUUUAAGUCCAACCAUCGGUGUUUUAAAGGCCCUGGCUGCAGCGGGGCGCUUCCCCCCACCUUGGAUUAUCGUCAGCAUGGACACAAGGCAAACGGAGGACACAUCACCGCGUCUACUUCUCAAGCAACGCGCUCAGACUUGACGCAUCCAUUUCCCCCCUGCUAUUUCCCCCUCCUCUACACAUCAUUUAAACUGUGUUCGCUGCAGCAUUUUUCCAUCUCUCCUAGCUUUAUGAAAAGUCAAAUAUCCGUGACUAAGGAUCGGAGCGGGUGUGUUGUCGGAGAGGAAUGAGAGGAGAGGGAAUAGGAGGGGGGGCGGAAUGAGGUGUGCGUUCUCGGGGUUUUUUGCCCGAAAAAGCCGGAGAAAGACGGAGAAGGUGCUCUGAGUCUGAAACGCGCUGCCCCUCUUUUGAGAUCUGAGAAGACAUGGCCUAAUUAGGAGAGCUCACGCCGACAGGAGAGGAGAAGAACCGCAGCUGCUGUGGAUGGACGGGCCAGCAUCCGCGUCAUCGCCUCCAUUCCGGCGUCUAGUUUGAGGUUUAAUUGGAGUCCUGACUGCUGCGCUGGAUCCAAUAAGAGUUUGGAGGAGGAGGACGGAUGAUCCCUCGGAGUCUAACUGAGAAUGCUACCUGUCCCUCCACCUCACCAUGUCGUCUUAGAAACACCAAUAACUUCUUCCCCUUCACCGCUCCUCUUUUUGCCUUUGUCACUUCCCCAUAACCCCCUGGGUUUUUGAUCCCCGUCCACUCCCAGCUUAAGUCCCUGUGAUUUGAGUCAUAUAGUUUUAUUUUGGAAAUGCCAAUUUUCCUAAUCAAUGCUGGUGGCCACCAAGGCUCUGGUGGGAAGUGUCUGAGUAUUUCUCAGCAGGUAGCUAAUCCCUGCCUGAUGUGGCUCCUGGGAUUGGUGCUGCAAAUGACUCUCUCCUCGUCUCAACGAGUCGACCUGAAACACCCCAUAGUAUCCACCGGCUAUGGAAAAGUCCGAGGUAUCAGGAAGGAGCUCAACAAUGAGAUCCUAGGCCCUGUGGAACAGUUCUUGGGUGUGCCAUACGCCACCGCUCCCAUCGGCGAGCGGCGCUUUCAGCCCCCUGAAGCCCCGGGUUCCUGGCAGGAGAUACGCAAUGCUACCACUGUUGCACCAGUAUGUCCCCAGAAUGUGCAUGGGGUUUUACCUGAGAUCAUGCUACCAGUGUGGUUCACAGACAACCUGGAUGCUGCAGCGACCUAUGUUCAGAACCAGAGUGAGGACUGCCUUUACCUCAACAUUUAUGUACCCACGGAGGACGGUCCACUCACAAAAAAGCAUGAUGAGUCCACGUCGAACAGACCAAGGGAUGAAGAUAUUCGGGAUCGUCGUAAAAAACCUGUGAUGCUGUUCAUCCAUGGAGGAUCCUACAUGGAGGGCUCAGGGAACAUGUUCGAUGGGAGCGUCCUCGCUGCCUACGGAAACGUAAUUGUUGUCACCAUGAACUACCGGCUCGGCGUGCUCGGAUUUCUGAGCACAGGAGACCAGUCUGCAAAGGGGAACUAUGGCUUGUUGGACCAGAUCCAGGCUCUGCGCUGGCUCAAUGAAAACAUUGGCCACUUUGGAGGAGACCCAGAGAGAAUCACCAUCUUUGGCUCUGGCGCUGGCGCCGCCUGUGUGAACCUUCUCAUCCUCUCCCACCACUCCGAGGGCCUGUUCCAGAGGGCUAUUGCUCAAAGUGGCUCAGCCAUCUCCAGUUGGUCCGUCAACUACCGACCUCAGAUGUACACCAAGAUCCUGGCGAAGAAAGUGGGCUGCACUCUGGGAGACAUGGCCGGGUUGGUGGACUGCCUACGGAGGAAGAGUUUUCGGGAGCUGGUGGACCAGGACAUCCAACCAGCACGCUACCAUAUCGCUUUUGGUCCUGUGGUGGAUGGUGACGUGGUGCCAGAUGACCCUGAGAUCCUAAUGCAACAGGGUGAGUUUCUCAACUACGACAUAUUGCUGGGUGUUAACCAGGGAGAAGGCUUGAAGUUUGUGGAUGACAGUGAAGGAGAAGAUGGAAUAUCAGCUGCCUCAUUCGACUACACUAUCUCCAACUUCGUGGACAAUCUAUAUGGCUACCCUGAUGGUAAAGAUAUCCUGAGGGAAACCAUCAAGUUUAUGUACACAGACUGGGCUGACAGGGACAACAGUGACAUGCGUAGGAAGACCCUUCUGGCUCUGUUCACGGACCACCAGUGGGUGGCCCCGGCUGUUGCCACUGCCAAACUGCACGCCGAGUUCCAGUCACCAGUUUACUUCUACACCUUCCACCACCACUGUCAGACUGAAGCAAGACCAGACUGGGCAGAUGCCGCCCAUGGAGAUGAGAUCCCUUAUGUGUUUGGGAUUCCCAUGGUCGGGGCCACUGACCUCUUUCCUUGUAACUUCUCCAAGAAUGACAUAAUGCUCAGUGCUGUAGUCAUGACAUACUGGACCAACUUUGCAAAGACUGGGGAUCCUAACCUCCCCGUUCCUCAGGACACAACAUUCAUUCACACUAAGCCUAACCGUUUUGAGGAGGUCAUCUGGACUAAAUUCAGCUCCAAAGACAAGCAUUAUUUGCAUAUUGGCCUGAAGCCUCGUGUCAGAGAUAAUUAUCGUGCCAACAAGGUGGCUUUUUGGCUGGAGCUGGUGCCUCAUCUCCACAGCUUACAUGAUGAACUCAUCAGGGACAUCACCACACGACUGCCUCCUGGAGGCACCGGGCGCCGAAAGGUCCCUCAUGGUGGUACGCGCUCCACCCAACACCCGGUGAUGUCAACCUACCCACCAGAGCCCGAGCCUGACGGUUCAGAGAGACCCCGCUACUCACCUUUCCCCAGCGAGACGAGGGACUACUCCACGGAGCUCAGCGUGACGGUAGCUGUUGGUGCUUCGCUACUUUUCCUAAAUGUCCUGGCCUUUGCUGCACUUUACUAUAAACGGGAUAAGCGUCAUGAACUGAUGCAGAGACGACACCGUCGGCUCUCGCCACAGCGCGGCACGAUGAUGGGUAUGGGUGUUGGCAUGGGAGUCGUAGGGGCCCCGCCGCACAAUGACCUGGCGCUCAGUCAGGAAGAGGAGCUUAUGUCACUGCAGAUGAAGCAGCAGAGGGUGGAGUUGGAGCACGGGACACCUCUCCCUUCCCGUGGCAUUCAUGGUGACCUGGAACCUCUACGGCCUCCCGUGUGCCCACCCGACUACACGCUAGCCCUACGGCGGGCUCCAGAGGAUGUGCCACUGAUGACGGCAAACACCAUUACCAUGAUCCCCAGCACCAUCAGCAGCAUGCAGCCGCUCCACCCCUUUAACACUUAUCCCCCCAUCCCAGCCCCGUCCUCCACACCUGUCCCCAGCCACAGCAACAACGCCCUGCCACACCAACACUCCACCACCCGGGUAUAGGACAAGGCACAAGCUCUGCUACCCUCACAGAGAUGCACCACAGAAACUGCUGCAUCCAAACGCCUCCCUCACCAACCUCUACUCUUAUUUUCUAUCUUUUUGUCUUCAUCAAGCCCUCAACUAAAGCUGCAGUUUGUAAGAUCAGAAGCAGUGAAAUACCUCUGAGCUAUAAUCAUAACUCAAAGGGGACUUGAUUGAAAAGCUCCUUUGUAAUUCUGGGCACAUACUGCUUUUCCUUGCUCAUGCUCUAUGAAUGUUUGGUGCUUAGGAAGGUCGCCAAACUUGCCGCUUGAACCGUGUAGCUUCCUCAACGAGGUGUCAUAAUCAGUCAGAAAUUUGAUGUGUCGCUCGGUUGUUUGGACCAUUCAUGAGUGUGUGUGCGUGUGCCUGCGUGUGUGUGUGUCAGUGCAAAACAAUGUUUAUCGAAGAAUACCCACACACUUUGCCAUUCAUUUAGUAAAAAGAUGACACAGUAGCGAGCAGCUUUGUAUGAGGCAGCAUAUGUCCCAACAAGCUGUCUUUCAUAAAGCACUGAUUUCUUGAAGCUUACAAAUUGCAGCUUUAAAGGCCCAAUCUGGAAGUGAAAGUUGGCACCCUGUAGACAGAGCUGUGUUCCAACAGCUGUCUUCUUUGUGAUUUUAGAGAUUAUUGUUUAGCGUAAAAUGUAUUGGCAGGGUUGGGAAUUAAAUAAUAGUGUUUGACAGCAGCACGUGAUUAAUUACAGCCAUUGUUAAAGCGAAAUCAUUGAAGUCUAGUUUAGAUUAGCUUGUUUUUUGGUAUUUAUUUUCAUGCUAUGUGAGCAUUAGGGGUAUAAUGGUACAGAAGUUUGGGUUCAUUGAUGUACACCACAAAUAGGGUGCACGUUUUAUUUAAGGAGCCAGUUCAUUGAGAAACUGCUUUUUUAUUAUUGUUAUUUGGAAAAUAUGAUCGGUCAUUGAGUUUCAGAUGCAGGCUGAAAGUGAAAAUGGUCUUCUACCCCUAUUUCCUGCAUUAGCCGCCUAAAGAAAACAGACCGUAAAACAAUGAAAAAGCCACACAAACCUACAGUCAGGUCAUAAAUAUUGGGACAUCGACACAAUGCUAACAUUUUUGGCUCUAUACACCGCCACCAUGAACAUCAAAUGAAAUGAACAAGAUGUGCUUUAACUGUUGACUGUCAGCUUUUAUUUGAGGGUAUUUACAUCCAAAUCAGGUGAACGGUGUAGGAAUAACAACAGUUUGCAUAUGUGCCUCCCACUUGUUAAGGGACCAAAAUUAAUGGGACAAUUGGCUUCUCAGCUGUUCCAUGGCCAGAUGUGUGUUAUUCCCUCAUUAUCCCAAUUACAAUGAGCAGAUAAAAGGUCCAGAGUUCAUUUCAAGUGUGCUAUUUGCAUUUGGAAUCUGUUGCUGUCAACUGUCAAGAUGAGAUCCAAAGAGCUGUCACUAUCAGUGAAGCAAGCCAUCAUUAGGCUGAAAAAAAACAAAAGAACCCUAUCAGAGAGAUAGCAAAAACAUUAGGCGUGGCCAAAACAACAGUUUGGAACAUUCUCAAGAAGAAGGAACGCACCGGUGAGCUCAGCAACACCAAAAGACCCGGAAGACCACGGAAAACAACUGUGGUGGAUGACUGAAGAAUCCUUUCCCUGGUGAAGAAAACACCCUUCACAACAGUUGGCCAGAUCAAGAACACUCUCCAGGAGGUAGGUGUAUCUGUGUCAAAGUCAACAAUCAAGAGAAGACUCCACCAGUGUGAAUACAGAGGGUUCACCACAAGAUGUAAACCACUGGUGAGCCCCAAAAACAGGAAAGCCAGAUUAGAGUUUGCCAAACAACAUCUAAAAUAGCCUUCACAGUUCUGGAGCAACAUCCUAUGGACAGAUGAGACCAGGAUCCACUUGUACCAGUGAUGGGAAGAGAAGAGUAUGGAGACGGAAAGGAACUGCUCAUGAUCCUGAGCAUACCACCUCAUUAGUGAAGCAUGGUGCUUGAAGUGGCAUGACGUGGUCAUGUAUGGCUGCCAGUGGAACUGGUUCUCUUGUAUUUAUUGAUGAUGUGACUGCUGACAAAAGCAGGAUGAUGAAUUCUGAAGUGUUUCAGACAAUAUUAUCUGCUCAUAUUCAGCCAAAUGCCUCAGAACUCAUUGGACGGUGCUUCACAGUGCAGAUGGACAAUUACCCAAAGCAUACUGCAAAAGCAACAAGAGUUUAUGAAGGGAAAGAAGUGGACUGUUUUGCAAUGGCCAAGUCAAUCACCUGACCUGAAUCCGAUUGAGCAUGCAUUUCACUUGCUGAAGACAAAACUGAAGGGAAAAUGCCCCAGGAGCAAGCAGGAACUGAAGAGUGUUGCAGUAGAGGCCUGGCAGAGCAUCACCAGGGAUGAAACCCAACAUCUGGUGAAGUCUAUGUUCCAGACUUCAGGCUGUAAUUGACUGCAAAGGAUUUGCAACCAAGUAUUGAAAAUGUAUAAGUUUGAUUUAUGGUUCUUAUUCUAUCCCAUUACUUCUGGUCCCUUAACAAGUGGGAGGCACAUAUGCAAACGGUUGUAAUUCCUACACCGUUCACCUGAUUUGGAUGUAAAUACCCUCAGAUAAAAGCUGACAGUCUGCAGUUAAAGCACAUCUUGUUCGUUUCAUUCGAUAUCCAUUGUGGUGGUGUAUAGAGCCAAAAAUGUUAGCAUUGUGUCGAUGUCCCAAUGUUCAUGGAUCUGACUGUAUGUCACACUGUAAAUUAACAUUUAUUGACUUAUACAUCUCCCCUCACGACAGGUAAGGUUGUGUUGAUUUAGCAUCCAAGAGAGAGCCGAGCACCUCUCGGCUAGUAGAAGCUAACCAUUAGCAUUAGCAACUCCACAACACGGCAGAACUCCUCCAGGCUUGUUAUUUUUGGAGAUAAAACAUCAAUGAUGCAAAGCAAACUGAGUCUGGGUAGUUGAUUUUCUUUUAGGCAACUAGAAGUGAGAUAUCCGAGUAUCAUGGAUAUGAACUCAAAAUCCAGCCAUUUUCUGCCCCUCACUUAUUCAGCUAAUUUCAACUUCCUAUAAGAGUUAAGCCUGGUGCAUACUGGAGACAGACGCGCCGCAGUUUUGAGAAGUCAAGUGGUCACACAGGACACACCGCUGCGCGCUUCUUGGAAAGUUGUGCGAUAGUCACAAAAUCACGUGCGACUUCAUAACAGAAAGCAGGAAGUGACUCUAUUGUUUGUGCUCGAUCAGACUCAACGCCGUCUUUUGUGACACUCUAAUUCAUUAAAAAUGGUUAUGUAUGCUAUUGAUUAGAACAUUUUAAGAUCAAUGUACUUUAAAGUUAUCUGCGGCUGGGUUUGUGCCGUAAAGCUGUUCCGCGUCGUAAUGUUUGUUGUAAAGUACUCCACAACUGCGCUCCCCGUGUAGCCACUCUCGUUAGCUAUAAUGGCUUCUAUUUAAAAUGACGGUGUGGCGAGUCUAUCUCCGGUGUGCCCUAGUCCUAACGUCAGAGCUUUUUUCCACAGAGAUCGACUCACAAAGCAUUCAUUUCCACUAGAGACCACAGCAGAUGUAAUGAAAUAGCGAGUGGAUUAGAGCUUUAACUACAUGUUGCUAAUAGCUACAACAAAAAAGAAGCAGAGGAAGAACAAAAGCGUGAAAACGUUUCCUGAUUGUGAUCCGCGACAGCAGUGGAUGUAAACAGUGGCAAGCAGUUAUUCUUACUGUAUAUUUAGUUGUUUUUGGUUUAGUAAAGAAUCAUUUCUCUACACUACGACAACGUUUGCUGUGAGUGUUUCUAGUUUGAAUUUUCUAUUUUCACAUUUGGAGGUAUUUAGUUAAAUAUCUUUUUUAUUGUGAUAUUUCCUUAACCUGGGAGAGAGAAAAACCUUUUUGGAGUUGAUCACAGUUUCUGUUGGACCUGUGUCUCAUAGGACAACGUUUACACUAUUUAAUAGUGAAGACACCAGUUGACAAACUCUGCUUUACUGUCCGUGGCCGGCUUAAAACCUCCUCACUUGCACCUGCAGUUAGUUUUUCUGACUCUGCUUCUGAGAGAAUGUCUCCCCAAAAAAAAGAAAGAUGCAUGUGUUUCUUUUUCCUGGUGUGGUAAACUUUGACUCAGGCGUAUUAUUACACCCCUAAGGAACAUCGAACUUAAUUUCUAAAUCAAUAGAAUCUGUGAUGAUUUAAAAACAGACAUUUCCAGAUUGGGGCUUUUAACUGGUGGGCAUUUUUAGAGAAGAACCGAAUCUCAUUCAUGGUGCAACCUGGAAUCCAGGCUGACCAUUAGAGCUCGCUUCAUCUGUGCCUCACAGGCUCUAAACACACUCAUUACUUUAUUUGUUUCUCACUCAUUAUCUCUCUGUCUCUAUCCUCCACCCCAGCUCACUAGCAGCUUCUCGUCCUUCUGCCUCACACUCUUUCUCCUCUCUCCACAUCUGCUCCAUGUAGCUCCUCCGAUCAAACGACUGACACGAUCCAUUUUUCUCUUUCUUCACAAUCACUUCUAGACUUUUUUUUUCUUUUGGAGUCUUUUAUACAGAAACACAAAUGUAUAUGAUGUAUUAUUAAUAAAUUGUAAGGAUAUGAAUGAAAAAAAAAUUCUGAUAUCUCGUUUUUAACCAGCAUUCUUGGUGCCAAGUACUGUGAAAAAGCUCCUCUUUCGCCGGCGUCCAGAGGAGCGCCUGCAGAGGUCCAUCCUGUCUGUAUCUUACAAAAGGAGUUACCAUCAGAAAAAGUGCCAAGCCCUUUAUCUUUUUUUUUUUUUUUAUCAGACACACACACUUCUUUUGUUUAAUUACACUCAAUGUUGCACUGUGGCUGGUUUCUUCUUUUUAAGAGAAGUCAGAGUCAAUGUAUCCUCAUUUAAAAACAAAAGUACGUUAAGUUUUUGACUGCAUUGCUGUGUGGGAUUAUUGCAUGAUUUAAUUUUUUAUUUUAUUUUACCAUGUUGGCAGAGUUUGUCAUUUUGCCUUGUUUUUCAUAUUUUAAAAAAUAUGUCCUUUCUAUUUUAAUAUCAGCUGCACUUUGUGGUACUUCAGAAAGUAUUCAAAAUAUUAAAGAGAAUAUUGUGUAAAGAUAUGAUUAUUAUAACAAAGAGAGUAAAUAUGUCCUCUUUAUUUUUUUCAUUUCUUAACACUGAGGCUGUGCCGCAAAAACUACCAGAGACUGAGGACAUUUUUUUUCAUUUCCCCCUUUUAACGCUUUGCCGUUUUUCUUUCUUUUACAACUGUCCAGUUUGCACAGUCACCGUCUCUCUGUCUCAUCGGAAGAUCGCACUUUUUACGUUACAAAAAAAUGAUCUUAACAACAGAAAGACAAGACUAUUUUACAUGAGUAUUUUAAGGUUUUUGUCCGUGAUCGACACGAACCGUAUGCUUCAAGCGUUCGAGGACUGCUUGAUGGUUAUCUUUUCGUCUGCUCUUUUGUUGUCUUCACGGUUCUGACUUCUGCACGGCGGGAUUAAAAGAAAAACUUAUAUUUAUGGCCAAAGGACGAGAGUCAUGAAACGUCACAUCUUUCGCACAAUUGCACACACAGAUGGGUUGUACUUUGGACAAAUAUAUAUUUAAAAAAAACAACUUGUGACACUAGGACAACGCUGGGAAAGCAGUGAUGAUGAAACAGUUUUGUGCGAUUUGCACUGCGGAUGCAUUAAAAAAAACCUGAUUUAAGAGACACUACUCUCACACAACAUGUACAACAACAAGCAAGGUGAGUGGGAUGAAUUCCCCCUUUCCUUGUUGAUGUCUUGCAUCCCGUGUGCUCGGAAUAUGGGCACUUUGGAAAUCCAGACUGCCAUCUCUCACGCUGGACUAGAGCGAGCUGCAAGGACACCACAGAUAAAGACAAACUGUACAUUUGAUUUUUUUUAUUAUUAUUAUUUGAAAUGUAAGAAAACAAACUGAAAUUUGUAAAUAUUAUGUUUGUUGUUUGGUUUGAAUGAUUGACCGGAUUCUUUUCUUUGUGACAACAGGUGCAAGUUUAGAUGAUUUACAUGAUUUUAGCGCUCAUGCUUACAGUCAGAUUGAUUAUUUAAUUGACCUCAAGCUCAAAUUUUAAUAUUCAAUGGGCAACUGAGUUAAAAAAAUGAAUGGAUGAAUUAAAAAAAACAAUCACAGCAUGGUUGAAGUGAGCAAACAUGAAAAGGGAAUGCUUCUGGCUCUGAGUAGCUUGAAAAUAGUGAUGCUCUUACUGAACUCAUGGUCAUCCGACAAAUACAGUGCACACUUGGUACCGUCCCAUCAAUCAUGGAGGCAGCUUUUGAAUGAAAUGAGAUCUUUCACUGGUGAAAAAAGCCAAAGAACAGCUGCAGAAGACAUAUGAGGAGAUUGGAAAUGAUGGAUAUGGUAUGAUGGUUACAGAGCAGGCCACAAAUGGGGGAAUUUAACUUGUGAUGCUGUUGGAUUUAAUUGUUCUUGUCUCACGUUGUCUUGAGCUUACAGUAUACUCAUGUGACUGGAAGGUUGUGAAAUCCUUUGUACUCUUUUGGUCUUAUUUCAGACUAUAAUCAUGGUGAUUGUUUUGCUAACUUUUGCAAUUUUGUCCACACUCUAUAUGGGGUUAUUGACCCAGAAGUUUAAUGGGAGUUAGGGUCUCUCUCUCUCUCUCUCUCUCUCUCUCUCUCUCUCUCUCUCUCUCUCUCUCUCUCUCUCUCUCUCUCUCUCUCUCUCUCUCUCUCUCUCUCUCUCUCUCUCUCUCUCUCUCUCUCUCUCUCUCUCUCUCUCUCUCUCUCUCUCUCUCUCUGUCUGUUCUGAAAAUACAGAUUUGGACCAGCCAACCGCUAAUGGAAGCACACUCACCAAGUCUACAUGUUUACACUACAGGUGAUGUCGGCUCACGAAGGAAGGCGAAAGCAUCACGUGAAUUCAGAUAUCUUAUUCUUGCAACAUCUGAUGUCAGACGUGAAAGUGAAGGCUUGCACCUGUUUGUCUGUUUCAUUUAGUCUGAUUCAGUAACCUGCUUGCGGCGCAAGAUGCAGUGCAAGUACAUAAUGACCAGAAGGGUUUGAAAGGAUUCAAUUUAAUAUUUCAAUUUCAAAUAGAGGCUAUUACACACUGUAUGUUGUGUAUCUGAACUGGAAAACAUUAAAAGACAUUCUUAAACAAUUA